UACGACUCGCAUUUUCUGCUGACCUUUCCCUUCGGAAAAAUCAAAUCAAAGAGCAAGUAACCGGUUUUGUUUUCCGCUGUAGCUUCUCCUCCUCUUCCUUUACGUCUCCCUCCGAUCUGGGGUUUUUCAUCUCCUUCUAUACUUGUUGUUACAGCUGGGAGAACUCAUGCACGGGAAUACGAAUCUUUGAUAACGAAUUUCAAGUAAAAAGUCGAAUCCAACCAAUCGGGGAGUUGAAUUAGAGAGAGAGAGAGAGAGUAUGGGGAAGGUGGCGGUCGGAGCAGCGGUAGUGUGUGCGGCGGCGGUAUGCGCGGCGGCGGCUCUGGUGGUGCGCCACAGGAUGAGGAGCUCGGGGAAGUGGGCCCGAGACAUGGCGAUCGUCAAGGAAUUUGAGGAGAAGUGUGGUACCCCCCUUGGUAAGCUGAGACAGGUGGCUGACGCCAUGACCGUUGAGAUGCAUGCUGGUCUCGCAUCGGAGGGUGGCAGCAAACUCAAGAUGCUAAUCAGCUACGUCGACAACCUCCCCACUGGGAAUGAGAAAGGGCUUUUUUAUGCACUGGACCUUGGAGGGACAAACUUCCGUGUCCUACGAGUACAGCUAGGAGGGCCAGGAAAACACAUUAUCCAUCAAGAAUUUGAUGAAGUUGCAAUUCCUCGACAUUUGAUGACAGGGAGUUCUGACGAAUUGUUUGAUUUUAUAGCCGCAGCUCUUGCAAAAUUUGUUGCUACAGAAAGUGAAGGGUUUCAUCCAGCACCUGGUAGACAAAGGGAGUUGGGUUUUACCUUCUCAUUCCCAGUGAGACAAUUAUCGAUUUCAUCAGGGACCUUGAUAAAGUGGACAAAGGGAUUCAACAUUGAAGAUGUGGUUGGACAAGAUGUGGUUGGAGAAUUGACCAAAGCCAUGGAAAAGAUUGGCCUAGAUAUGCGUGUGUCAGCUUUGGUCAAUGAUACAAUCGGAACAUUAGCAGGAGGUAGAUACUGCAACCAGGAUGUCAUUGCUGGUGUCAUUUUAGGCACUGGUACAAAUGCAGCAUAUGUAGAAAGGGCACAUGCUAUUCCCAAGUGGCAUGGUCUUCUUCCUAAAUCAGGAGAGAUGGUUAUCAAUAUGGAGUGGGGUAACUUCCGGUCAUCCCACCUUCCACUAACAGAAUAUGAUCAAGCACUAGACGAUGAGAGUUUAAACCCUGGAGAACAGAUCUUUGAGAAGAUAAUUUCUGGUAUGUAUUUGGGGGACAUUGUACGCAGGGUUCUGUGUAGGAUGGCUGAAGAAGCUGCAUUUUUUGGUGAUACCGUUCCACCCAAAUUGAGAAUUCCUUUAAUACUGAGGACUCCAGACAUGUCUGCAAUGCAUCAUGACAAGUCUUCAGAUCUGAGAGUGGUUGGGAGCAAAUUGAAGGAUGUCUUAGAGAUAUCUAAUACCUCCCUGAAAAUGAGAAAAGUCAUUGUGGAGCUUUGCGACAUUGUUGCCUCACGUGGGGCCCGCCUAUCCGCUGCUGGGAUCUUUGGUAUCCUCAAGAAAUUGGGUAGAGACACGAUCAGGGAUGGAGAGAAUCAGAAGUCGGUUAUAGGGAUCGAUGGAGGGUUGUAUGAGCACUACACUGAAUUCAGGACAUGUUUGGAGAGUACACUCAAGGAGUUAUUGGGAGAGGAAGUUGCUGAGAACGUCUCCGUUGAGCACUCCAAUGAUGGCUCUGGCGCUGGAGCUGCCCUCCUUGCUGCCUCACAUUCCCAAUACCUUGAGGUAGAGGAAUCAUGAAAAAAUGUCGGAGCCAAGGUAGAUGGAGAAGUGUGACAUUUUCAUUAUUAAUUUUUUUUUUUGUAUAUUUGUUGUUUCUCCCUUUUUCAUCAUUCCGGAUCACUCGGAGCUCGUCUUUGCUCCUAGUUCAAGAGAUCAUGCCAGCAAAACCUUAAUUUAUGGUCUUGCAGAGCACAUAGUAUAGAACAGUGGAUCAUAUUUGGCGGGUAAGUAGGGCUCAUGCUUACAUGCUGCAGCCUCUAAUUCUGCUGCUUUUGUGAUGGUGUUGUAUUUUGUUGGUAUUGGCAUAUUUUAAGUGCACUUGUACUGAAUUAUGAAAUAAAAUGGGGUAUGUUAACUGUU